ACACACACACACACACACACACACACACACACACAAUAUCAUCGUCCCCGCAUCCCUUCAGGUUCAGAUGAACUCCUCGCUCGGCUCAACAUGGACUCAGUGAAUCUCCUGCUCUUCCUCGCGGUCACCGCCUCCACAGUGAAAGUUUCUCUUCAAGGGCCAGACCAGCGCAGACUGUACAGAGACCUGAUGAUGGGCUACAACUCGCUGGAGAGACCGGUCUCCAACGACUCGCAGACUCUCACAGUUAAAUUCGGCAUUAGCCUCAUGCAGAUCAUGGAUGUGGAUGAGAAGAACCAGGUUUUGACAACCAACAUGUGGCUAAAACUGUUCUGGGAUGACAAUUACCUCCAGUGGAAUCAAUCAGAGUAUUCAGGUGUGGCCAAUGUGAGAUUUCCUGAGAAGUUCAUUUGGAAGCCAGACAUUCUGCUGUAUAACAGUGCUGAUGAAAGAUUUGAUGCUACAUUCCACACCAACAUUUUGGUCAAUUCCUCUGGCUCCUGUUCCUACAUACCUCCAGGGAUCUUCAAGAGCAGCUGCGACAUCGAUGUGCGCUGGUUCCCCUUCGAUAUCCAGAGGUGUGACCUGAAGUUUGGCUCCUGGACAUACGGGGGCUGGUCUCUGGACUUGAAGUUGCUGGAGGCUGACAUCACAGGUUACAUCGGUAACGGAGAGUGGGACCUUGUCGAGGUUAUAGGACAGAAAAACGAGCGUACCUACGAGUGCUGCGAAGAGCCGUACCCGGACAUUACCUACACCCUGGUGAUGAGGAGGCGGACCCUCUACUACGGCCUCAACCUGCUCAUCCCUUGUGUCCUGAUCUCCACUCUGGCGCUGCUCGUCUUCCUUCUGCCUGCUGACUCCGGAGAAAAGAUCUCACUGGGCAUCACAGUCCUGCUCUCCCUGACCGUCUUUAUGCUGCUGGUGGCAGAGAUUAUGCCCCCCACAUCGGACUCUGUGCCUUUAAUAGCUCAGUACUUUGCCACCACCAUGGUCAUUGUUGGUCUCUCAGUGAUUGCUACAGUUGUGGUCUUACAAUAUCACCACCAUGACCCGGAUGGAGGCAAGAUGCCGAAGUGGACCCGUGUGAUCCUGCUGAACUGGUGCGCCUGGUUCCUGCGCAUGAAGCGUCCGGGUGAGGAGCGUUUGCACUCGGCCUGUCACAACAAGGCCCCGCGGAACAGCCUGACCAGCAUGGAGAUCAAUCCCAGCACCUCACCCCCCAAAGCCGCCAACGGCAACAUGCUCUAUGUCGGCAUCCGGGGCCUGGAGAGCAUCAACUACUCCACGGUGGCCACCUCCCCUGAGUCCGGGGUCCUCUGUGCACGGCUGGCUGGACGAGCGGGCGAGGACGAGAUGCUCCUCCCCACAGGUCAGGGCUCCUCGGCGGGCGGCCUGGAACCCGAGCUGGCCAAGAUCCUGGAUGAGGUGCGCUUUAUUGCCAAGCGCUUCCGUGACCAAGACGAGGACAAGUCAGUGUGCAACGAGUGGAAAUUCGCUGCGGCUGUCAUCGACAGGAUUUGUAUCAUGGCGUUCUCACUCUUCACCAUCCUCUGCACCUUUGGGAUCCUCAUGUCAGCACCCAACUUUGUAGAGGCCAUUUCAAAGGACUUUUUCAAUUAAGGUCUUUAUAGGACACAAAAAUAAAAGCCUUUAACUCUCUCUUCUAACACAGAGUAACCAUUUCUAAACUCAUAUAGCGGUAAUACAGUUAAGGCUGCUGUACUGGACUUUUAUAUCACCAGAAAAUUAACAAUACUAAGUCAAAUUGAGGACUUUGGUCAAAGUGUAUGUAAUGCAUAAAUAGUUUAAUUUAUGCAUUACCUGAUAUUGGUGAAAAUGACGAGUCCUUGCCUUUUAUUAUUAGACAACCCUAAUGGCAUAUUAAAGGAAAACAGAAACAUUUUAUCCUCUUGUACUGUUUUGAAAUUACUAAGAAAUACUUACUAAUUGGAUGCAACUGUGGUUUGUUAUGUGAUGUUUAUUGUGUAGAAUUGGUUAUUCAAAUGCAUCUAAUUUCUAACUAAGAUCUACUCCUUAUACAAAACAUUGUAGCUACAGUAUCUUGUAUUGAAAUGUGUUUGUUGCAUUAAUCCAUCUAUGUGAUGUUGUUAGUUGCUUUUCUAUAAAUACAAAUUAUAUUGUCAGAAGCAAAACCAUGUUUAUUCUAGUUAUUGCUUCUUGCUUAUUUUAAUGAAAAUUAAAGAAUCACUGUGAAGUCAAAAUAGUCUGCUUCUCAUGUCGGAUAAUUCAAAUUUAUGAUGUUCUGUUCGUUGGAUGCCUCAGCAGCCCAGUGGUUACAAAGCAUGCAAUACAGCCUCAACGUCUGGGGUUUGAUUCCAGCUAUGAGGCCUUUGUUGCAAUUCACACCCCGCUCUCACUCCCCCUUUUUCUACUCUGUUUUCUGUCAA